GUUGAUGGGAUGCUGCUGCAACUACACGUAAAAGAUUAACUGACGAUUAAUAAUGUCAGUUGAGUAUUUUGUGUUACAUUGCUUCGUGCAUUCGUUCAUUUAGGUGUAUCUGUGGGAUUUCACAAGUGAGGCGCGUAUGAAACACUACAACAAUUACAAAUUACUUCUGAAUAUUAGCAUGUAAAACCUUGACACCAUUCAGGGAAAUGCAUUUGUCUAACUUAACCCAAACACGUCAACCUGCGCACAGCCCAGAGUCCAGCUACUCGUGUAUACCACUCAUGACCUAAUGAGAGGCCUGACCUCAGGUGGAGAAGUCAUGUCCUUCCAUCAGGAUCGAGGGGGUCCCAGAGGAGGAAUGCCCCCGGGUCAGCACGGCUCACCUCAAAACUACCGACCCACCAACCUGAGGCCGCCUCCUCCGCAGCCUCCCGUUCCCCAGUACCACUACGACCCUCAGACUCCUCCCGGUUCAAGCUACCAUGGAAACAGCGGCUACAUGCCUUCGCACUCCGACUUCAUGCAGUACCCUCCACCAGCGGCGUCCCAGACACCCAGUCCUCUGAACCAGUGCCCGGUGCGCCCACCGUUCCCGAAGCCCCCCGGCCGGCAGGGCUUCCCUGAACCCCCGCCUAACUUUCCACCUCCUCCCCUCCCCGGCUCUACAGGCAGUCCCACACAAGGCUCCCAGCUGUCUGCUCAGAAUGCCUACCACCCCUACAUGAUGCCUCCCGUGCCCCCACCGGCAUUACCACACCCGGCCAUGCCUCCACCGAUCGCCUCUCAAUCUAUGAGCUACCACUCUCCGUACUCCAUGAACUACCCCCAUCCUCCUCACCCUCCCUUCCCUCCCCCGCCCUUCAACACCGGCUACACUCAGAGCCCGAGCACAUUCAAACCCGACCACACCUUCAGGCACGGCGGGCAGUACAAGUAUGAGAAGCCCAUGGACAGCAGGAGGUCUCCAGAAAGGGGCUAUCGCCACGAUGACCACCGGCAGAAGGGUUACAGCUACGGCAGUCACAGUGAGAAGCAUAAAAUGGAUUUUUCCGGAGAGAGUAAGAACCGCGGGAGGAGUCCGGACAGGCGUGGCAGGCCGGAGGGAGGACGGUACAGGUCUGAGUACGACAGAGGCCGGACUCCACCCAGACACAGGAGCAGAGAUCGCAGCAGGGAGAGGUCAUAUCGUCACAGAGACAGUCGGAGGUCCCAGUCGCCCGACAGGCACAGAAAAAGGCCUCGAAGUCGGUCCUCGAGCAGAGACAGGAAACGUGGCCGCUGGGAGGAGGAGCGCGACAGGAGGUCAGAGAGCUCCUCCGGCCAGAGCAGGGAGCGCAGCUACUCCUCCAUGAGGACCAGAGACUCUGAGGAGUCCUUCGCUGACCGGGAGCGAGAGCGGGAGAGGGAACGGGAACGAGACCGAGAGAAGGAGAAGGAGAAAGAAAAAGAGAAGUUGGAUGAGGAGAAGGAGGAAGAAGAGCUGCUGAAACCCGCCUGGAUCCGCUGCACGCAUGCAGAGAACUACUACUCCAACGACCCCAUGGACCAAGUGGGCGACUCUACGGUGGUCGGGACCAGUAAACUGCGGGACCUGUACGAACGCUUUGAGGAGGAGCUGGGGAGGAGACAGGCGCGAGCGAAGGAGGCUCGACCGCAGUGGGAGCCGCCCAAGACCAAACUGGACGAGGAUCCAGACGACAGCAGCAGUGAGUCAGACUGUGAGUCAGACGCUGAAGGGAGCACCUGCUCCAGCAGCUCUGACUCAGAGGUUUUUGAUGUCAUCGCCGAGAUCAAGAGGAAGAAAGCUCAUCCUGACCGCCUGCACGAGGAGCUGUGGUACAAUGACCCGGGGCAGAUGAAUGAUGGCCCCCUGUGUAAGUGCAGUGCCAAGGCCAGACGUACAGGGAUCCGCCACAGCAUCUACCCGGGGGAGGAGCCUGUGAAACAGUGUCGACUGAUGAACAACAACGCAGGAAAACUGUUUCACUACAGGAUCACCGUGUCUCCGCCCACAAACUUCCUGACCGACAGGCCGACGGUGAUCGAGUACGAUGACCAUGAGUAUCUGUUUGAAGGCUUCUCUCUCUUCUCCCACACACCUCUCACCAACAUUCCAUUGUGCCGUGUGAUCCGCUUCAACAUAGAUUACACCAUUCACUUCAUAGAGGAGAUGACACCGGAGAACUACUGUGUCCGAGGCCUGGAGCUGUUCGCCGCCUUCUUGUUCCAGGACAUUCUCGAGCUGUAUGACUGGAACCUGAAAGGUCCUGAGUGGGACAGUGAGACCUCUGGAUGCCCGCAGUUCCAUUUCAUGCCCCGUUUUGUACGAUUCCUGCCUGAUGGCGGGAAGGAGGUGCUGUCCAUGCAUCAGGUGCUGCUGUACCUGCUGCACAGCAGCAAGCCGCUGGUCCCCGAGGAGGAGAUUGCAGACAUGCUGCAGUGGGAGGAGCUGGAGUGGCAGAAAUACGCGGAGGAGUGCAAGGGCAUGAUCGUCACCAACCCGGGCAUGAAACCCAGCUCGGUGCGUAUCGACCAACUGGACAGGGAACAGUUCAACCCAGACGUCAUCACCUUCCCCAUCAUCGUUCAUUUUGGGAUCCGGCCUGCUCAGCUCAGCUACGCCGGAGACCCUCAGUACCAGAAGCUGUGGAAGAGCUACGUGAAACUACGCCACCUGCUGGCCAACAGCCCCAAGGUCAAGCAGAUUGACAAGCAGAAGCUGACGCAGAGAGAGGAAGCCCUUCAGAAGAUCCGUCAGAAGAACACCAUGCGCCGUGAGGUGACAGUGGAGCUCAGCAGUCAGGGCUUCUGGAAGACUGGCAUCCGCUCCGACGUCUGUCAGCACGCCAUGAUGCUGCCUGUUCUCACCCAUCACAUCCGGUACCACCAGUGUCUGAUGCACCUGGAUAAGCUCAUCGGCUAUGUCUUCAAGGAGCGCUGCCUCCUUCAGCUCGCCAUGACUCACCCCAGUCACCACCUCAACUUUGGCAUGAAUCCCGAUCACGCCCGCAACUCCCUCUCCAACUGCGGCAUCCGCCAGCCGAAGUACGGAGACAGGAAGGUCCACCACAUGUACAUGAGGAAGAAAGGAAUCAACACAUUGAUUAACAUCAUGUCUCGUCUGGGGCAGGAUGACCCCUCCCCUUCGAGGAUCAAUCACAACGAGAGACUGGAGUUCCUGGGCGAUGCCGUCGUCGAGUUCCUCACCAGCGUCCACUUGUACUACCUGUUCCCCAGUCUGGAGGAGGGCGGCCUGGCCACGUACAGAACAGCCAUCGUACAGAACCAGCACUUAGCCAUGCUGGCCAAGAAACUGGAGUUGGAUCGCUUCAUGCUUUACGCUCACGGACCCGAUCUGUGCCGGGAGUCGGACCUGCGACACGCCAUGGCCAACUGCUUUGAGGCUCUUAUCGGCGCUGUGUAUUUAGAAGGCGGCUUGGAGGAGUCACGGCAGCUCUUUGGUCGACUGCUCUUCAAUGGCGAGAAUCUGCGGGAGGUCUGGCUCAACUAUCCAUCGCACCCCCUGCAGGUCCAGGAGCCUCAGACGGACCGGCAGCUCAUCGAGACGUCUCCAGUCCUUCAGAAACUAACCAGCUUUGAGGACUCUAUCGGCGUUCUGUUCACACACGUGCGUCUUCUGGCCAGAGCCUUCACCUUGAGGACUGUGGGCUUCAACCACCUCACCCUCGGCCACAACCAGAGGAUGGAGUUCCUGGGAGACUCGAUCAUGCAGCUGGUGGCCACAGAGUACCUCUUCAUCCACUUCCCCGACCACCACGAAGGACAUUUAACACUUCUCCGCAGCUCGCUGGUGAACAACCGCACGCAGGCCAAAGUGGCGGAGGAGCUGGGCAUGCAGGAGUUCGCCAUCACCAACGACAAAACCAAACGACCCGUCGCGCUGAGGACGAAGACUCUGGCCGACUUACUGGAGUCUUUCAUCGCGGCUCUCUACAUUGAUAAAGAUCUGGAGUAUGUGCACACCUUCAUGAACGUCUGCUUUUUCCCCCGACUGAAGGAGUUCAUUCUGAACCAGGACUGGAAUGACCCCAAGUCUCAGCUGCAGCAGUGCUGCCUGACCCUGAGAACGGAGGGCAAAGAGCCCGACAUCCCGCUGUACAAGACCCUGCAGACAGUCGGGCCCUCGCACGCUCGCACCUACACGGUCGCCGUGUAUUUCAAAGGGGAGCGAAUCGGCUGUGGCAAAGGCCCAAGCAUCCAACAGGCGGAAAUGGGAGCUGCGAUGGAUGCGCUUGAAAAAUAUAACUUCCCACAGAUGGCUCAUCAGAAGCGCUUCAUCGAGCGGAAAUACAGACAGGAGCUGAAGGAGAUGAGACGAGAGCGGGAGCGGCAGGAGAAGGAGACCGACGAGCCGGAGGAAUGCAGGAAGUGACAGAAGCUUUUCUUGUUUUGGGACGGAGGAGGAGGCCGAUCAGGACCGGCAUCCACGUCAGCAGAGAUGCUGCUGGUUGAUGAUGGUGAAGGUGUGAUAGUUUUAUAAACAGGUGAUUGUCGCACAUGAACACGGGCGGGACGCAGGCGCGGAAUAACUCGUUUGUGUUUUUGACUUUUUAACCCACAGAUUUCAGGUGAUGUUAGUGGGGUUUUUUUUUUGUCCGCAAUUUUAAAAGUUAAAGGUGCAUCAUGUAAGAAUUGUUAGCUUACGACACUCGAAGCUCAACUAAAACCAUCAUGAGACUGAAGAAACAAUAGUGUUAAUGUUGCGUCAUGCUAACCAGCUGCACUGUACCAACGCUCACCUGUCGCUCCUGCAGCUUGAAGUCCAGGCAGAGCCUGCUAGCUGCACUGCUAACUGAGCAAACUAAGCUAACAGCAGCUACAGUGAGCGACAGUUAGCGAUUACACAGGUGAUUUGCUACCCAAGUCUCACAUAUUGCACCUUUUUAAAGGGAGAUGUUCACCCAAACAAUGAAAAUUCAGUCACUUCAAUCAACUUCAGGUAAAGUUUCAGCGUCUACAAAACAUUUCUGGAGCUUCGCAGCAGAACGGUGUCGCAUUAUUCUCCUGAACAACUGAACGAGCCGGAGACUUGAUUUAAAAACAAACUCAUCCUGCGUGUUCCAAGUCUCCAAACUGAUGUGAAAAGAUGGUUUUUACUCCCUUUAUUAAAGCCGAAAUCUUCACCGUAGCUGCUAAGCUAAAAGAGUUAGCAUUGUUUAAGUGUGUGAGUGUAUGUGAGGAGCCAUCUUUGACCAGCAGACCAUCAAAAUCCACAGCGGGGUUGAGUGAAUCAUGGAAGCAACGUUCUUCUUCUCGGGACCUUUUUGGUCCAUUUUCACUCGUCUCUUGCAUCUUUUCCCCUGCUGUAAACUGAGAUACUCGCAUUUUGUUCGGGAGAUGAAUCAGGAGGUCAGCGGGCGAAAGCAUCAAACAGGAGCGUUUGUGAAAAUCAUGAAUGUCGGCGGAUGUUUUUGGGAGGCCGAGCUGUUUGGAGCCGUUUUGGUCCAGUUGUUCUGGAGAACGCUGCAGCACUGUUCAGCUGUGAAGCUCCUGAACUUCAGUUCUGUAGGUGAGUAAACAAAGACUGAAUUUUCAUUAUUAUGGGGAGUCCAACAGCGUGAGAAGUGAUUGUGUUGUUUUUAUGCUGUUUAGUUGUGUAGCACUGGUGGCCUUAUGUUGUUUCAUUUGUUUGUUUCACCGUUUUAAAAAAGUAAAUAAAUAAAUAAAUAUUGAGUUAAUGAUCCAGAAAGUCCCAACAGGAGCUCACGUUACUGUCGCGUGUUUUUUAACAGAGAGUGAAAUGUGAAAUCAACCAUCCGAGUUCUUAUUGUAAAUAAAGUUUGAGAUUGUGUUCCAGUC